AUGCUAAGUGCUCUUUCAUCAUUUGCUGUUAGACGAUCGUUCCUGGCUGCUGCAUCCUGCCGCUCGUUUGCUGCUGCAGCUCAGGGGAAUCUUGUUACUCUGAAGAUCAACGGUAACGAGUACAAGGUCCCUGAAGGAAUGACGGUUCUUGAGGCUUGCCAGUCUCAGGGCAUUAACAUUCCGUUCGUUUGCCACCAUCCCCGCCUGAAGCCUCUCGGAAAGUGCCGAGUGUGCGUCGUGGAGAUUCGAGGAGACGAGUUCCCAAUCCAGACCUCUUGCACCACCAAGGUCGCGGAAGGCAUGGACAUCUGGACCAACAGCCCCAAGGCGCGCUCUGCGUCCAACGAGGCUCUGAAGACGCUCAUGACCACCACCACGAUCACCUCCAAGUUCCAGACCCCUGAGAUGAAGGAGGUGCUGACGGAGUCGUGUGAUGAUUCCUACGCCCUGCACCGCGACAUGUCCCUCUGCAUCGACUGCAAGCGCUGCGCGCGCGCCUGCAGCGAGCUCCAGGGCAUGGACGUGCUGGUGAACAACCCGCUGGACGGCGGUUUCCCCGUGGUUCCGACGGGCCACCACCUGCUGAAGGACACGGAGUGCAUCAGCUGUGGCCAGUGCAACGUGCUGUGCCCCACGGGCGCCAUCACGGAGCAGAGCCACAUUCCGCGCGUGAAGGCCGCGAUGCGCGCCGGGAAGGUGAUGGUGCUGCAGACGGCGCCGGCCACGCGCGUGGCGUUCGGCGAGAACUUCGGCCGCGAGCCGGGCGAAGUGACGACGGGGAAGAUGGUGGCGUGCGCGAAGGCGCUGGGCUUCCAGUACGUGUUCGACACGAACUUCGGCGCGGAUAUGACGAUCAUGGAGGAGGGCACCGAGCUGCUGGAGCGAAUCAAGAACAAGGGACCCUUCCCGAUGUUCACGUCGUGCUGCCCCGGCUGGGUGAACAUGGCGGAGAAGUGCUACCCCGAGCUGAUCCCCAACCUGUCCUCCUGCCGCUCGCCGCACAUGAUGCUGGGCUCCUGCGUGAAGACCUACUGGGCCAAGAAGAUGAACCUGAAGCCCGAGGACAUCUACCUGGUGUCGCUGAUGCCCUGCACGGCCAAGAAGGACGAGAUCGAGCGUCGCCAGAUGUGGCUGAACGAGACCACGCCCACUGUGGACGCGGUGCUGACCACCAAGGAGCUCGGCGACUUCUGCAAGCAGGAGAACCUCACCGACUGGGACUCCUUCGCGGAGAUGGACUUCGACUCCCCGAUGGGCAUCUGCACGGGCGCGGGUGACAUCUUCGGCGUGUCGGGCGGCGUGAUGGAGGCCGCGCUGCGCACAGCCUACGAGCUGCAGACCGGCAAGCCGCUGGAGAAGAUCACGGUGGACGAGGCGCGCGGCCUGGACGGCACGAAGCGCUUCUCGGUGGACAUGAACGGCACGAAGGUGAACUGCGCGGUGGUGCACAGCAAGUACGCGCGCGAGCUCAUGGAGAACAUCAAGGCGGGCAAGGAGGACCUCCAGUUCGUGGAGGUGAUGGCCUGCCCCGGCGGCUGCAUCAGCGGCGGCGGCCAGCCGCACAGCAACCGCGCGGACACGAUGGACAAGCGCAUGAACGCGAUCUACUCGAUCGACGCGGGCAAGAAGCUGCGCAAGUCGCACGAGAACCCGGACAUCCAGACGAUCUACAAGGAGUUCUUCGAGAAGCCGGGCAGCCACGUGGCCCACGAGCUGCUGCACACGACCUACGCGGCGCAGUCGGUGCGCGCGCGCGACGAGAAGGUGGAGGAGCCCGCCGCGGCGGAGGGCGGCGCGGGCGACGCGGACGUGGGCGAGGACGGCGUGACGAUCAUCUACGGAAGCCAGACGGGAACCACGGCGAAGGCGGCGAAGCAGCUGCAGGCGAAGUUCAAGGAGGCGGGCAUCGCGUCGGCGGUGAUUCCCAUGAACAAGUUCGACGUGGAGCAGCUGCCCGAGAAGAAGAAGGUGGUGCUGAUGACCUGCACGUACGGCUCUGGAGAGUUCCCCGAUAUGGCGACGGACUUCUGGGAGGCGCUGUCGAGCGAGGAUCUGGACGACGACUUCCUGGAGGACGUGAAGUUCGGAGUGUUCGGUCUGGGCUCCAAGGCGUUCAAGAUGUUCUGCGAGUGCGCGCACCAGCUGGAUGAGCGAAUGGAGGAGCUGGGUGCGGAGCGUCUGGUGGACUGCGGAGAGGGUAACGAGAAGGACCCGCAGCAGUACAAGACCGCGUUCGAGCCGUGGAGCAAGGAAGCGGUGGAGGCGUUUAAGGAGAAUUAAUGUUGUAAUGACUAUGAUUAUGCUUUAACGA